CUAAUGACUGCCACAACUCAUACAGCCGAGUGUCUUCCCAAAGAAAGCUGAUGUUCGAGACAGUCAACACCACUGGGAUGCAGGGCUUCAACAAGUCUGAGCGGUGCCCCAGGGACACUCGGAUGACACAGCUGCUGUUCCCAGUGCUCUACACUGUGGUCUUCUUGACAGGCAUCCUGCUCAACACCGUGGCCUUCUGGGUCUUCAUCCACAUCCCCAGUAAUUCCACCUUUAUCAUCUACCUCAAAAACACUCUAGUGGCAGACCUGAUAAUGACGCUAAUGCUUCCUUUCAAAAUCCUUUCUGACUCCCACCUUGCACCCUGGCAGCUCAGAGGGUUUGUGUGCACUUUCUCCUCUGUGGUCUUCUAUGAGGCGAUGUAUGUAGGCAUCGUGAUGCUGGGCCUCAUCGCCUUCGACAGAUUCCUCAAGAUCAUCAUACCGUUUAGGAAAACUGUUGUGAAAAAGACUGCGUUCGCAAAAAUAGUCACGACUGUCAUCUGGUUCCUGAUGUUCCUCCUCUCCCUUCCAAACAUGAUCUUGAACAAGAAGGCAACGCAGCCAUCCGUGAAGAAGUGUGCAUCCUUAAAGAGUCCGCUGGGGCUGCUGUGGCAUCAAGUGGUCAGUCACACAUGCCAGUUCAUUUUCUGGACUGUGUUUAUUCUGAUGCUUCUGUUUUAUGUGGUGAUUGCCAAAAAGGUAUACAACUCCUAUAGGAAGUUUAACAGUAAGGAGGGCAAGCGCAAACGGCUGGAGGUGAAGGUAUUUAUCGUCAUGGCUGUCUUCUUUGUCUGCUUUGCGCCAUUUCAUUUUGUCAGAGUACCAUACACCUACAGUCAGACCAUCAAUAAGACUGACUGUAGAUUAGAAAACCAGCUGUUUAUUGCUAAAGAAGCAACUCUCUUUCUGGCAACAACUAACAUUUGUAUGGACCCCUUAAUAUACAUAAUCUUAUGUAAGAAGUUCACACAAAAGGUACCAUGUAUGAGAUGGAGAAGGACAAGGACAGCAGCAUCAAGCGAAGAGCACCACAGCAGUCAGACAGACAACAUCACCCUAGCCUGACCACUUUGUCCCACAGGUUAAUUUCAUGCAUGGAUUCACAUCUAUCUAAGGAUGGGACUUCAAAAUACCGUUUACUCGGAGACUUCACUUAAGCAUUACAGAAAGAAGAGGGGAACAAACAGUUUCCUACAUUUUACUAUCCUCGUGUAUAGAAAAGAUUAUGCCCAUUUUCACCACAUAGAUAGAUGUAUUUAUACACGGGAUGAACUAACAUUAAGAAAAUGUGUAAUAAAGCAAAUGGCCACUAGAUGUCACCAUUUCAAGAGCAUUCAUGUAAUAUGGAAAAGGUUAAUGGGAAACAGGUUUGCCUGAAAAACCUCCCUUCUAGUUACCGACCCACAUUCUCUCACACAAUUCCUAAGACAUCACAUGGGGUUUUACGGCCUUCAGAAUGUUGAUAUUGUGAACAUAAACCAACAAACCUGCAUAUCCAGUGCCUGUGUAGAAAAGGCUAAGGUGGGGGCUGAAAGAGAGGCAGUCUGAGGAACCAAAGUGGGUCAAAAUAACCCCAGGAAUCUCAAAAGAUUGUCUCCUUACAAGUGCAAAGUGUUGCUCCUACAUCUAAACAGGGCAGCGGGAUAGAGGCACAUACAACAGGCAAAGCCAGUUCACAGCCAUGUAUAAUCUGAAAGCAGGGAAGUGCUGUCAGUCAGCAAAACCUUCCUGGGCAACAGCAUCUGUACACUGUUGGAAAAUAAUUAUUUCCCUCACUGUUUGUCUAUAUAUUAGGGUCCUUGUUACAUACUGUCUUAUAUUAGUUGCUUUAAUUCUUGGCCACAUUUCCCAAAGACAGGGUUCUUUAAAAGACAGCUAAAUCACAGAUUUUUAUUAUCUUCCAAAGUUUUUCCCCUAGUCUCCCACCAAAAAAAAAAAAAAAAAAAAAAAGACUGCAGAUAUCCUAGAUAUCCUUAGUGCAUAUCAGCUAUGGAAUGGUUGCCCUGUGAUUAGUAAUAUCCAUGUGGGAAGAUUUUUCAAAACCUGGUUCAUUUUAUUUGGGCCCAUCUACUUCCCUGGAUCUCUUUAUGGGUUUAAGAAAAUAAAAGUAAAAUAUGUGGAGGGUGAUGCUGGCUUUUCUAGAGAACAUGAGGACUCUUCCUCUAACUGUGCCUAUAAUAUGAAAUACAGGCUUCUCUCCUUCCUUGGCCUCAGGGGCCACAGAGGCAAGAGAACUUCCUUGCCUUUCUGCAAUCAUUUGCUAACCUGGACCCCCUUUACAGGCUCAGUUUAAUAUGACGUGUUUUGUCUGCACUCCACUGUAGAUAGAACAUUCCGUCUGACUCACUUUAUAAGUUCCUAUCGAUUGGUGAAACCCAAAGUUGCUAUCCCUUAUUAACUUCACCUGCCCAACCUCCCCCUAUUCCUCCAGCCCAGUCACUUCCUCAUCUGUAUGACAUCAUUCCUCAACUAGUUAUGGCAUUGAUUCAGAAUAAUUCACUAAAGUGUGCACUGUGCAAUUAAUAAAAUUUGCUAAAACAAAUCAAAA